UAGUGCCAACAUGGCGACUCGUGUGUGUUGUCUCCGUCAGCUCCGUUGGACCGGUCCGUCACCCCGGGGGAGUCCGCUCAUCAGGCGGCGUCUGUCGGGCACACAUUCAGGGGAGGCGGAGCUUCCACUGGGGGGCGUCAGAGUGUUGGACCUGACCAGAGUCCUGGCCGGACCCUUCGCAACCAUGAUCCUUGGAGACCUGGGAGCUGAGGUCAUCAAAGUGGAGAGACCAGGGUCCGGGGACGACACCAGGUCCUGGGGUCCUCCGUUCGUCGGGUCGGAAAGCGCUUACUUCCUCAGCGUCAACAGGAACAAGAAGAGUUUGGCUGUGGACCUGAAACAUCCCAGAGGAACGCAGAUCAUCACAGAGUUGGCAGCAGUGUGUGACGUUGUGGUGGAGAACUACCUUCCAGGGAAACUGGACCAGAUGGGUUUAGGAUACCAUCAGCUGAGCAGAGUGAACCCACGGCUGGUCUACUGCUCCAUUUCAGGUUACGGACAGACUGGUCCUCAGUGUCGGAGUCCUGGAUACGACUCCAUCGCCUCCGCCGUGUCGGGGAUGAUGCACAUCACGGGGCCAGAGGAUGGCGAUCCCGUGCGUCCGGGUGUCGCUAUGACCGACCUGGCGACGGGGUUGUACGCCCACGGCGCCAUCAUGGCCGCCCUCCUGCAGCGACAGCGAACGGGGCGGGGCCUUCACAUCGACUGCAACCUGCUGUCGUCACAGGUUUCCUGUCUGAGCCACAUCGCCUCCAACUACCUGAACGCCGGGAAGGAGGCCAGGCGCUGGGGGACGGCCCACGAGAGCAUUGUACCUUAUCAGGGCUUUAAAACUAAAGACGGUUACAUCGUCGUCGCUGCGGGCAACGACAAGCAGUUUGUCAAAGUCUGUCAGGUGUUGGAUCUGCCAGAGCUCAUUGAACACCCAAAAUACAAGACCAACAAACUACGAGUCCAGAACCGCAAAGACCUGCUGGGCAAGCUCUCAGACAGGUUCCUCCAGGAGAACACAGCUGAUUGGCUCAGACGGUUCCAGGGCUCAGGUGUUCCUGUCGGACCAAUCAACAGCAUCCAGGAAGUGUUUUCAGAUCCUCAGGUGAAACACAACGGACUGAUCCAGGAAAUGAAGCAUCCAACGGUCGGACGCAUCGCUGUACCGGGUCCGGCCGUUCGGUUCAGCAGCUUCGCCGCCAGCAGGCCGACGCCCCCUCCUCUGAUUGGUCAACACACUGUCCAGGUGCUGCGAGACACUUUGUCCUACAGCGACGACGACAUCAGGACUCUGAUGGAGACGGGGGCGGUGUCUCAGAACGAAGCAUCCUGAUUGGACCAGAAUGACGCGGGGCGGAGGACGAUGGAUCUGAAAACCGCCACCGAACACAGAGCGGAUUCAGCGCUAAGUUUCAAAAGAAUCAUCGACAGAAGAACAAAAACAAAACCAAGAGAUUUACAGGAAACGAGUCAGAAAGUGUUCAAAUGAGCUUUACCUUAAAUACACCUGAGACAGAAUGACCGACACGGAUCACAUGAUGUGGAACACCACAGAUGUGUACGCUCCAUUUAGAAAAACAUGAACCAAAGAAGGAUGGGCGACUCGGUGGUGCAGUGGUUAGACCUGGUGCCUCACAGACAGAAGGUCCUGGGUUCAAUUCCAACACCAGUCGACAGGGGGCGGGACCUUUCUGUGUGGAGUUUGCAUGUUCUCCUCGUGUC